AUGGAAGGUGAGAAGAAAGGUGGUAUUGUGUGUUUGACAAUAUCCGGACCAGUUCAAGCUUACCUGCCGGUGGUUCAAAAACGACAUUCCGUGACGUCGGAAAGUAGCAGCAGCGAAAAAUCAUCAGAUUCGCCGGAUGAAAAUUCACCGGUGCCAGUGGACUGCUUGCGGGCUAAAUUUCUGAACAUUAAUCGAUCCGCUUACCUGCCGGUGGUUCAAAAACGACAUUCCGUGACGUCGGAAAGUAGCAGCAGCGAAAAAUCUUCAGAAUCGCCGGAUGAAAAUUCACCGGUGCCAGUGGACUGCUUGCGGGCAAAAUUUCUGAACAUUAAUCGAUCCGGUGUGAAAACCCGAUGUCAAAAUGAAGCAUUUUCGGAGCCGAUCUCAAAGCGUUUACGAUCAGCACUUUAA